AUGUCUGUCAUCCAUUCUGAAACAGACAUCUACGACAUUAUUCAGAUCCUGGGCAAAGGGACAUUUGGUGAGGUGGCAAAAUGCUGGAAGAGGAGCACUGGCCAUUUCGUCGCCAUCAAGAUUCUCAAAAGUGACUCGUACCGAGCUCGAAUCAUCAAAAAUGAAUUAAAAAUGUUGAGAGUGCUGGGAUCAGUGGAUCCUGAUCAAUACCACUUCAUCCGAUUCUUUGAGUGCUUCCAUGAUGACAUCAAGUCAUACCUAGUCUUUGAGCUCAUGGAGCAGAACAUAUUUGAGUUUCAGAAGGAGAACAACUUUGCCCUCCUCCCAGCCAGGCACAUUCGGACGAUUACCACCCAGGUCCUGAGGGCACUCCAGAAACUAAAGGACCUGUCAAUCAUCCACGCUGACCUCAAGCCAGAGAAUAUCAUGAUCAUUGAUCAGAAGCGAUUCCCUUUCCGUGUGAAAGUGAUCGAUUUUGGAUCUGCAAGCAUAUUUCACGAGGUGCGGUACGUUAAAGAACCAUACAUCCAAUCCCGGUUUUAUCGCUCGCCCGAGAUUCUCCUUGGUCUUCCUUUCUGUGAGAAGGUGGACAUGUGGUCCCUGGGCUGUGUGAUGGCUGAACUACACCUGGGCUGGCCCCUCUACCCCGGCAACAGCGAGUACGACCAGAUCCGGUACAUCGUUGAGACGCAAGGUCUGCCCAAGGACCACCUCCUGAACGCAGCCACCAAGGCAAACCAUUUCUUCAGAAGGAACCCCCGGCAGCAUUCAGCCCACCAGUGGCAACUCAAGUGCGCCUCCGAUUAUCAGGCCGAGACCAUGGUUCAGCCGCUGGAGAGGAGGAAGUACGUCCUGAAGUCUUUGGACCAACUGGAGACUAUUAACAUCACCAAGACGGUCUUUCCAGACGAUGAGGUCAUUGCUGAGUUCCACGAUCGCAAAAAUAUGGUGGAGCUCAUCAAAAGGAUGCUUACUUUGGACUCUCAUGAGCGUAUCACGCCCAGCGCAGCCCUGAAGCAUCCCUUUGUCACCAUACAGCAGCUCAAAAUGACUCACGAACACACAAAGUAUUACGACCUAUCCAUCCAAGGGCUCAACGCAGCUCUGAACUGCGACAGGAGGGUUCUGACUGACCGACAUUACUACAACGAGGCCUACUAUCCGAACUCUGAUUACUAUGAGUGUCGGCAGGCCCACCAUAUCCCCAGCAUCAGCUCAAUGCAGAGGGCCAUUGACAAGAUGGACAGCUUGACCAUCGAGGAGCCGGGAGCCCUGAGCAUGUGGCCUGAGGGAGCAGGAAAUGCGGGAUACCAGCCUUCAACCUCAAAGGCCGGCAGUUCCACAUGCCUGCCCCAUUCAUACCACCAGGGGGCUUGCUGUAGGGCCAGUCACCCUGCUCACCGGCAUAGGAAAGAACCAGUCAUGGGCUACUUCGCCAACCGAUGUGGAAUGAAGCAGCGAAAGGCUCCUCACCAUUCCCAGUCAGAUCCUAAUUUUGGGAAUGUGAUCCUGCUCGGGCAGGAACCUUCCACGGAGGUCAUUAACUGGGAGGAGGAAGAAACGGAGGCCAUUUUUUCCACACCCUCGUCCUCAGCACAAGAAGCAAAGAGGCCCGAGGAGCUUCUGGACACCAAAGAACCUUCAGGUCCCGAGGUAAACCUGGUGAAAGUACUUGGCAAACGUGAGGGGUUGCCAGGGUGUUCAGGUGGCAUCCAGCUCUACCAUCGGUUAAUCAAGUGCUUUAUUGGCAAAGGUGCAGUGGCCAAAAAACGAUUCCGACAUUUGGUGCCUGGAACUGAACACAGUGCUCCAGGUGCUCUGUACAAAUGA